AUGAAGGAGAGGCAACGUUGGAGUGGUGAAGAAGAUGCAUUGUUACGCGCUUACGUCAGACAGUUCGGUCCGAGAGAAUGGCAUCUUGUCUCUGAGCGCAUGAGCAAACCUUUGAACCGUGACGCCAAGUCUUGUCUAGAGCGAUGGAAGAACUAUCUUAAGCCAGGGAUCAAGAAAGGUUCUUUGACUGAGGAAGAGCAGAGGCUCGUGAUCCGUCUCCAGGAGAAACACGGCAACAAGUGGAAGAAGAUCGCCGCUGAGGUUCCCGGGAGGACGGCGAAGCGGUUAGGGAAGUGGUGGGAAGUGUUCAAAGAGAAGCAACAGAGAGAAGAGAAAGAGAGUAACAAGAGAGUCGAGCCUAUCGACGAGAGCAAGUACGAUCGGAUUCUUGAGAGUUUCGCUGAGAAGCUUGUCAAAGAACGGUCCAACGUUGGCUCUGUUUCGGUUCCUGCAUCUGCUGCGGCGGUGAUGGCUAGCUCAAACGGAGGGUUUCUACAUUCUGAUCAAGCUCCUCCUCCUAAUCCGGUGAUUCCUCCUUGGUUAGCUACUUCUAACAAUGGGAACAAUGUUGUUGUGAGACCUCCCUCGGUGACUCUCACCUUAUCGCCUUCCACCGUGGCUGCCUCUUCGCCUCAACCGCCUAUCCCGUGGCUGCAGCAACAGCCGGAGAGAGGCGGAGGAGGAGGAGGCGCAGAGAGUCCGGGAGGUCUUGUGUUAGGGAGUAUGAUACCGUCUUGUAGCAGUAGUAGUAGUAGUGAGAGUAUGUUCUUGUCAGAGCUUGUGGAGUGUUGUAGAGAGUUGGAGGAAGGGCACAGAGCUUGGUCAGAGCAUAAGAAAGAGGCGGCGUGGAGGCUAAGGAGGCUGGAGCUGCAGCUGGAGUCAGAGAAGACGUGUAGACAAAGGGAGAAGAUGGAGGAGAUUGAAGCAAAGAUGAAAGCUUUGAGGGAAGAGCAGAAGAUGGCAAUGGAGAAGAUCGAAGGAGAGUAUAGAGAGCAGCUCGUUGGUCUGAGGAGAGAUGCUGAGGCAAAGGAGCAGAAACUGGCUGAUCAAUGGACCUCUAAGCAUAUUAGACUCAAUAAGUUUCUUGAACAAAACAUGGGUUGCAGGCAGAGGCUAUUAGACCGGCCCCAAAACCGUUAA